AUGUCUGCCACUAUUCGCCUCACAGAUUUUGAUAUGGAUUUCACUGAUUAUCCACCGACCACAUACACGCACAACUUUCCCAAAAAAUCAAAGUGUGCUUUCCAGCAAGAGCCAUCUCCAGUGUAUAGCGAUAUCUCUCUGGCUUUGCCCGCCUCAGAUGUGCGUCAUCUACAGCAAUCCGAGUGCGCAACAGACAUAUUACCCAACACGGUUAAUGAAAUUGAUCACGAAUCUGAUUCUAGUCAAGAUGGCGAUGAGAUUUAUGAUGACUUUUGCGAACCUGUGUAUAUACAUUGGAUUCGUCAUGGUGAUACUAUUGCAAAUGUGGCCAAGGUGUAUCAAACUACGACAUGGAUGCUUGCCAAAGCCAACGAGUUUGAAGAUGAGCGUCAACCUUCAUUAGAAGGUCGACGGUUUUUAGUCAUUCCAUCAGCAUCGACAUUUCAAGAACCAAUCUGGGAUGUUGACCAAGAACGACACGAGUUAUGUCGCAACUUUUUGAUUUUGAUUCACGACGAUGACUUUUGUCUAGCACAUCGGUAUCUUGGUAAAUCCAACUACAACCUUCCAGCUGCAAUCGAAAAUUACUAUUUUGAUUUAUGCUGA